AUGGCGGGGCACUUGGGUCGAGAACGGGGGCGCCCGUACCCCUUCCCCGUCCAGAGCCUCCAUCUGAACAACCUUCCCGCUGUCCCCCAUCACGAAACUGCUGGGGGCUUCUUGCCUGAAGCCUUCAAUGGGGCCACUCCUGGACAGGGCUAUGGAUUUAAGCCUGACUAUGGGCCGCAGGGAGGGGUGAUGGAAUCUGUCCCCGGCGGAGGAGAUGCUCCCAGAGUCUGGUACCCUAUCCCGACCGCUGGCGAGGCCUGGGUUCACCAUCCCGGGGUGGUGAUGGGCCCCUAUGGGGUCACUCAGUCUGGGGAGGCCUGCCCAGGCCCGAAGCUUGACAUCAAGGUGGAACAAGACUGUGACCAGCUGGAGCCGUACUAUGGACAACCCUGGGCAGGAGGCUGUCUUGUGCCCCCCACUCCCACCUUAGCCCGGGCGGCAGCACCUGGCAACAGCCGGGAGACUGUGUCACCUGGCUAUGAAAUCCAGCCUCCCAGCAGCCCUGCCAGGCAGCCUGAGAAGGUUGGCAGUGCUGACAGCAGCCCUCGAAGCAAUAGCAGCAGGAGUCCUGUGGAGGUCAUAGUCUCUGGAGAAGUCAAAGAAGAACUGGGCAGCGGAGAUGAGGAGAUUCCCACCUCAGAAGAAAUGGAACAGUUUGCCAAGGACCUGAAGCACAAAAGAAUCACUUUGGGCUUCACGCAGGCAGAUGUAGGACUCGCCCUGGGUGUGCUGUAUGGGAAGAUGUUCAGCCAGACUACCAUUUGCCGCUUUGAGGCCCUGCAGCUCAGCUUCAAGAACAUGUGCAAACUGAAACCGCUCCUUCAGCGCUGGUUGCAUGAGGCAGACAGCAAUGAAAACCUCCAGCAGUUGUGCUCUUCGGAGUCUGCCAUGAUCCAGGCUCGGAAACGCAAACGUACAAGCAUCGAGACUACUGUGCGGGGCUCACUCGAGACUUACUUCCUGCGCUGCCCCAAGCCCACCCUGCAAGAGAUCUCGCAGAUUGCCAAUGACCUCCACCUGGAGAAGGAUGUCGUCCGUGUUUGGUUCUGCAAUCGCCGCCAGAAGGGCAAGCGCAACUUAGGAGCGGGCUCUCGGGAUGAAUAUGACAGUUGUGCUCUACCACCACCGCCUUUCCCUCACGGGCCACUUCAAGCUCAGCCCCCUGGGCUCAGCCCCACCCACCACCAGCUAGCCCCGCCUCCUCCGCACCCUCAGGGCUACAACACAGCUACCUUCGCUGCCCUUUACCUCCCCCAGUUCCAUGAAGGAGACCCCUUUGUCCCCCCCACAUCGGGCGCCCCAGUUAUGGGCCCACCGAUGCAUUCAAGCUGA